CAAAAGCCAAUCAAUUGCAUCCUAACAAAUUUAUAUAUUUAUGUCCGCCACAAUAGCUUGCAAUUGAACGCCCCUAAAUAUAACUCGACAGAAGUAUUUAAAUUAAACACCGAGCAGAGCGUGGCUAUCUACCUCAGUUUCAAGAACCAGCCCUUUCAUCCAGCAGAUUACAAUGGGAUCGUUUUCUUUUCGAUAUCCUGUACGAAAUCAACAAUGUUCUGGAAAAAAUCUCUGGAUUCCUUGUCGAGUGCCUUGAGGAAGAAGUAAAAUGCGUGCGGAAGGCCAGCAAACGCCUUUUCCGUUACCUCGACUCCCGCCGCCCUGAGGGCUUCGCUGUAUGCAAAACCCUCGUCGCACAGUGGGUCAUACCCGGCGAUCUGGAUGACUAUCAGGCUUUCUGUUAGCUAGGUGUGCUGCCCAUUUUGUUUUGGGCGAAUAUCAUGUUUCAUUCUUCUUUUCCUUUCACUUACGAGCUGGGGGGAGGUUUGCGUGGCUUUCAGCCAGUAUGGGAUUGGCAUAGACCUCCGGUUUCCCUUCCGGGAGAUAUAAAUUCCAGUGGAAUAAAGCUCUCAUGGACGACGCAACGGCUUCUUCCUUAUUCUCGUCCCAGCUCUUGUAUUCAUAUUUGUCCCGAGGGAAGAAGUCUGGGUGACAAAUCAUUGGCAUGUUGAGGAUCUGGCCAACUAUCCCAGUGAUAGAUUCAUCUCGAGCUUUCAAUGCGAGGGCUGCUGCCUUUCAAGUUGUUACUAGGUUUUUUUUUUAUCAACAGCAAGUGAGGCGAGAGAAUCUUACAAGAUUGGCACCGCUGGUGGAGCCUGCGAGGAAAAUGCUUUUGGGGUUGAUCCCAAGGGUGGAGGCAUUCGAUUUGCACUGUCGAACGAUUGUGAGCGGGCGUCUUCCUCGAGGGUAAGCAACUCAAGAGCAUUUUCAUACCCAAAUCAAUGCGUCAAAGCAGUCGUUCAAGGGAUAGGGAAAUGGGAAUUCCGGACAUUUUCGGUACUCCACGCUCACGACCACACAUCCGUUAUCCUUGGCCACCUGUCUAUUCUGUGCCUCUUCGACAUCAUGGGUAAAUAUUGUCCACCCUAUCAUUUACUAUCAGCCAAUGGUCUUUCACUCCUAUGAAUACAAGCAAAUAGGACAACCCUAUAUCACUCACCUCCCCCGUGUGAGACAAAGAAUAAGGAUGCGUCUGAAGCUGGAUUUAUCGGCUUAUAGAUUCUGAGUUCCACAUCCGCGCCAUCUCUGACUACGAUAUUAAUAUGUUCGAUCGUGAUAUCCUUGCCAACAACGGGACCGUCGUCGAAAAUCGCAGGCGGGAAGGCAUUCCAUGCAGUUUUGAAUUGCUCCAUGUCCUUGAUGGCAUAUAAACUCUCAACGAGUUUAGUAGCCUCAUCCUUUAAGGUUUCAAAGACCGGGUGAGGUGCGGCGAGGUGUGCGUACUUGGACCUGGUAUUUGAGUCGGCCGCCAUUGUGAUUUUGCAGGUUGGCGGUGUUGCAGCUUGGUUUAUCGAGCGUUAUCGGUUAUUCCCAAGAAGACAGGUUUUUACUGACGGCAGGCAAUUCAUCGGGCUAGGAAGAUGGAAUUAGAACGACGGAAGAUGAUAAUACCCCCUCACUUCAUAUAUCAAGCUAGGCCAAAAAUCAGUGACGGUCAGCGUCAAUCAAGACGGGAAUAUUGUCGCUCUCAAUGGGUGAGCGUUGAUGGUCCAUGGACCUACAUGCAGAUCCGCAGGUUCCAGCAGGAAGUCCUCAACAACACCAUACGUUGGGGUGAACAAUACAGACAACUGAUUGAACAUAUUCCUGUAUUGUUCUCUUUGAAAUUAUUUCGACCGGGAUGAAUACCCCUCCAACCAUUUUUAAUUUUAUCUAUGGAUAGGUCUACCAACUUGAGCCACCCCGCAAGGGCCUCCAUCACCCGCCGCACGGAGACGCCACGUUUUCCCGCCUAAGGUACGACUUAUCCGGACAGGUUCAAGAGGUGCAAAUUUGAACAAAGAAACGGAAAGCAAAAUCGAUAAUGGCCCGUGCGGAUGUCACUUACUGUGGCGUGAGCGAUGUUGAUUCGUACCAGCUUGACCCGCUGUUAUCAUUCAUUUCGAUUGGCGAUAAUUUAAUCAAACUCUAUGGAAAUGUGCUAACUUUAUUGACUCGUCGUACACGGUGAAGGCUGCUACAUCACAGUGGCAAUCCCGCAAUCCCUUUGAUGGGAAAUUGUAGAUUGAAAACACUUCCUUGGCAAGAACAGUAAGUAGUUUUCCCCUCUCAAUCCGUGGGUAGGAUUUUCUUCUGAUACUUUAUAUCUGGUGGGCAAAGGAAUAGUUAAGGAAUUGAACUGUUAGCUUUUACACCCAGUUUGACCCUCAGCCAGGCUGACAUCACUCCGAGCUCCAGAGAUGGUACUCAUGACCAGGGAAAAUAGGCAUUGCAAAUAAGAACCUAGAAGUACUGUUUGAUAAAUUAAAUGCAGCAUCGCGAAGCUUGUUUGCAUGCGCUACCAAGGGACCGGGGAGUGAGGUUCGCGUUGGCUUCUUUCUUCCGCAUGGGCUCAAAAGGAGAAUCUAGAGAAUUGUAGAGUAAUUAUCAUAUUAUUUGGUUUUAAGAAGGACAUAUCUAUCUCCUUGUUUCUCAUGUUUUCUCCUGUUUACUCUUCAUCAUGAUGCCGUAAAUGCGACUGGUUAGCUUUUGCUAAAUAACUAACUACUUGAUCUGCCGCUAACGCGGAACCAAGAGGGAGCCAUUUCAAUAUCAACGAGACACUGACUGCUGACCCUUCAUCACCUGAAGAAUGUCACAUUGCAGAACACACCACAACUACAACCACAACCAUGGAGAAAAUAUCAGAUAAAAUAGCCGCUCUUCCCCGAAAUGCGAACUACUUCUCGCUGGAGUUUUUCCCUCCAAAGACCCAGAUGGGCUCCUCAAAUCUCCAAGCCCGUCUGGAACGCAUGUCACAAGCUCUACGACCGCUAUUCGUGACCGUUACUUGGGGUGCUGGUGGAAGCACUGCGGCCAAAUCGCUCGAGCUCGCUGAGAUAUGUCAGCGUCAAUUAGGACUUACCACCUGCUUGCAUUUGACAUGUACGAAUAUGAACCGCUCACUGGUGGACCAUGCGCUCUCAGAAGCCAAAGCGUUGGGCAUCAGAAAUAUCCUAGCAUUGCGCGGUGACCCUCCGCGAAGCGAAGAGUACAAUAUUGAUGGCGAAGAUGAUAGCAAUAAGGACUUUACGUAUGCAGUCGAUUUGGUGAAAUACAUACGCCGCACACACGGUGAUCACUUCUGCAUAGGAGUGGCAGCAUAUCCAGAAGGACAUUCAGACGAGUCACAUCCCGAAGUGCAGGAUCCUGCUAGAGACGUCCCAUAUCUCGUCGAGAAAACAAGGGCUGGAGCGGACUUUAUAAUGACUCAAUUGACUUACGAUUUGGAAGCAUAUAAACGGUUUGAGAAUAUGCUUCGCACGCAUGAAUCGGGCGUUUUCAAAGAUAUUCCUAUCAUUACCGGUUUGAUGCCCAUCCAGAGCUAUCAUAUUUUAACUAGGACGACGAAACUAAGCCAUGCGAGGGUACCUCCUAACAUUAUGGCACGAGUGGAAGAAGUGAAAUCAGACGAUGAAUCAGUGAAACGAAUCGGCGUGGAUAUCUUGUGUGAGAUUGUAAAUGGAUUAAAAGAGAUUCCUUGCCCAGGUCCACGCGGGCUUCAUUUCUACACCCUGAAUUUAGAAAAGGCAGUUGCCUUUACAGUUGAGAGGUGCAGCUUAAUACCACCAUCAUCCGAACCCUCGAGCGAUUCAGAAGCAGAUCUGGAUACUGCAGUUUCCAUGGUACACGGUCAACUAAACAACAUUGUCCGAAUGUCCAAAAGACGUGCUUCCUCCAUAAAUUCCCAACCCCAUAACAGAUUAAUUGUUGAUCGGCCUUCGGACGGUAGGGGUUCCUCUCAAGCAUCCACUACCCACGAAACUCAGACUCUUGGUGCUGGCAUGCCAGCUCUUAAUCCCCCUCACCGAGCGACAACACUACAAAUCUCAGAGGGAGUGGGUGCACUUGGGCGCGAGGCGACCUGGGAUGACUUCCCCAAUGGUCGGUGGGGUGAUGCGAGAUCCCCUGCAUUCGGAGAAAUCGAUGGAUAUGGCCCGUCACUACACGUCACUCCCGCCGUAGCACGUCGACUCUGGGGAUAUCCAACAACGAAAGAGGACAUUAACACCAUCUUCCAACGCCAUGUGUCUGGCGAUCUUCACAUUGUGCCCUGGUCAGAAGGUGGAACGCAAGAUACGGGCGGCCUGAAUGCAGAAACUGCUACUAUUCGCGACGAGCUGCUCCAGCUCAUAAAUGGACGUGGGUGGUGGACGCUCGCGUCCCAACCAGCAGUGAAUGGGGUGCGCAACGACCAUCCGAUUUUCGGCUGGGGUCCUCGCGGCGAGGGCUUCGUUUUCCAGAAGGCAUUUGUCGAGUUCUUCUGCACAGCCCAUGACUUGAAAACCAUUCUAAAACCGAUUUUUGAGAACCAUGGCCACGAUGAACUUGCGUGGUUCGCAACGAAUGCUGCUGGUGAUUUCGAGUCCUCUUCUCCGCCCACCGACGACAGCGCAAACGACUACUCCGGUCCUGUUGAUGUCUAUCUGGAUUCCAACGCUACGGCGGGUGGUACUGGAGUUAAUGCUGUUACGUGGGGCGUAUUCAGAGGUAAGGAGAUCGUGACUCCAACUAUCAUUGAAGAAGUCAGUUUCCGUGCAUGGGGCGAUGAGGCGUUCCGUAUCUGGGACGAGUGGAGACGCGUUUUCCCGCGUGGAAGCCCCACCGAGAAGCUACUAGAUCAACUAAAGAACGAUGUAUGGCUGGUUUGUGUAGUGGGCCAGAAAUACGGUGCAGGUUGUCAAAGUAGAGAGGCUGCAGAAACGGAAGGGAAGCUAUUAUGGAAAUUACUGGCGGGACAGGCUACUGAGGCGGAUUCAACCAACAAGCAUUGAGCAUUUCUUAUACCAUUUUAUAAUGGGAUCAGCGCUCCUUUUUUGGCUGUUCUCUACGAGGAGUACAUAUCUUGGAAAAUACAAGGUCUUGUAUCCCCCGAGCAUUUUUUUUUUCUCUGCCUGGUUCUCAUUUAGUAUUCCAUAAAGAUAAAGAAUAUAGGCAAGGUUUAAGUAUGCGAAUCAAAAGAAUACGGAGUGGUCAAGUCUAUAUAUUGUGUAACCAAGUGUUUUUCCUUUCUGCACGAAAAGGAGGGGGGUGACACACAGCUUCCUCCACCCAAUAUGAGCAUCAUAGGUGCUGACGUCCGGCCAGCUUGGAUAUAUUAGUUGAGUAUUCAUGAAUUUGCAUAAAAUGGGCACCCCCGCCUCCAGGCUAAGGUUAUAUUUGGAUUCAGUAACUUGUUUCGUGUGUUUGAUAUAUCCCGAUAUAGCCAGCCGAACGGGGCUGAAUAUUUCCGGAACGACCCCUUGAUUGAGUGAUUCAAAUGAGUAUGUCGAA